AUGCGGCAGGACACUGAAGAGGAUGUCGAUUACAUGGUGAAGAAGCUCGUCAACAUACGCCUUUUUGAGGAUGAGGAAGGGAAGAUGUGGCGCAAGAGCAUCAAAGAUUUGGACCUGGAGCUGUUGUGUGUCAGCCAGUUUACCCUGUACGCCAAAAUGAAGUCGAACAAGCCCGAUUUUCAUAUGGCGGCCCCAGGCGAAUUCAGUCGCCAAAUUUAUGAGCAAGUCUUGGGAAAGCUGCGGCAAGCCCAUCCUCGGCCUGCUGCGAUUCAAGAAGGUCAGUUUGGGGCUAUGAUGGCCGUGGAUCUCGUCAACGACGGCCCCGUCACCAUUGAGCUAGACUCGAAUGCCCGUUUCCCAGGAUAUACCAGCCAACACACCCAGAACCCCAGUACACGACGACGAUACAACCUGUUUCUUCUUCUCUUCGCGCGCACACACACACCCUCUCUCUGUGUCUGUGCCUGCCCCGCCCGCCUGCGUGCUCUCAAUAUAAUCAUCAUCCCCUCUGGCGCUCUGAGCUCAUUCAUGAGGGCAAGUUUGGGGCGUGAGCAAAGCGCCGGCUCUGGCCUGUUCUUGACCAUGGCUUUCUGGAAGCCUGGUGAACGCCGGCCCGGCGUCAAAGCGUUGGAGGCGGAUCGACACGAUGCCAGCGGCGAGGAUCGCACUGGCUUCACCUACAAUGCCCACCAAGCCUACACCUUGUCCCAGCAGCGCGCUCGUCUUCCCGUCUUUGAGGCGCGCGAACGCAUCCUCUACAUGCUCGAAAAGUAUCAGACCUUGAUUGUAGUUGGUGAAACAGGCAGCGGCAAGAGUACACAGAUUCCUCAGUAUCUACACGAAGCUGGCUGGACGGCUGACGGGCGCGUGGUUGCCUGUCUCCAACCUCGCCGCGUAGCCGCAGUGAGCGUGGCUCAACGUGUUGCUGAGGAGCGAGGCUGCCACGUUGGCGAGGAAGUCGGCUAUGCCAUUCGCUUUGAGGAUGCUUGCGAUGAACUCAAAACGCGCAUCAAGUUUAUGACCGAAGGUGUUUUGAUUCGUGAGAUGAUGCGGGAUCCCCUCUUGAAGCGAUACAGCGUCAUUAUGCUCGACGAAGCCCAUGAAAGGACCAUCUUUCUGGACGUUGUAGUGGGCCUGCUCUACAAGAUUCAAAAGAAGCGUCCAGACCUCAAGAUUAUCGUGUCCUCCGCCACAUUGGACGCCGAAGCCUUCCGCAACUACUUUAAUCGAAACCUAACAGGCGAUAGUCGACAAGACACAGCAGGCAUCAUCACUGUCGAGGGGCGCACCUACCCUGUCACUGUCAUGUUCAGCGAAACCCCCGUGCCAGACUACCUGAGCGCCACAGUCAGCACCAUUCUCGACAUUCAUUCGACCAUGGGAGCUGGGGACGUCUUGGCCUUCCUGACGGGUCAGGAGGAAGUGGACGAAGCCGUGCGGCGCCUCAAUGCGCAGUUUGGAGACAAUCGGCGAGCACCACACGUGCUACCGAUGUAUGGCGCAUUACCAGCACGCGAUCAACUUCACGUCUUUGCGCCAGCUGGUGAUGGGCGCCGUAAGGUGAUUGUGGCGACAAACAUUGCCGAGGCCAGUAUUACCAUCCCUGGCAUCGUCUACGUCGUUGAUUGUGGCUUUGUCAAGAUGCGAGGCUAUAACCCAGACACUGGCAUUGAAUCCCUGGUGGUCACACCCAUCUCGCAAGCUUCCGCCAACCAACGCGCCGGUCGUGCCGGUCGCAUGCGCUCCGGUUGUGUCUACCGUCUAUAUACAGAGGCUGGGUACCGUGAGCUGCGUGCCACGACCGUGCCCGAGAUGCAACGCGUUGACAUUUCAAACGUGAUCCUGCAGCUCAAGGCGUUGGGUAUUCACAACGUGUUACGAUUCCCUUACCUAUCGCCACCACCCGCCAAAACCAUGGUCAACGCUCUCGAGAGUCUCUUUGCUCUUGGAGCUAUUGAUGACCAAGGCCGCCUCACCAAUCCGCUAGGCUUUCAGAUGGCAGAGUUUCCGCUUCCACCUAUGCUGUCACGCACCUUGCUGGCCUCUGGUGAAUGUGGCUGUAGCGAGGAGAUUACCGCCAUCAUCGCCAUGCUGCAGGUUCAACACGUGUUCACGUCCCCUCCAAACAAGAGACAAGAAGCUGCGCGGCGCAAGCAACUGUUUUCUUGCGAAGAAGGCGAUCAUUUAACCCUACUCAACGUUUUCAUGGGCUUUGAACGUGCCAACUACGAUGGUCGCUGGUGUUAUCAGAAUUUCCUUAACCAGAAGAAUUUGUUGCGAGCCCGUGAGAUUUGCCGGCAAUUACGGAAAUCAUUGCGGCGCUUUGACAUUCCGCUUGUCAGCUCUGAAGGCGACAGCGAUGCCAUUCUCAAAUGUCUGGUCCGAGGCUUCUUUGCCAACUCUGCACGCUUGCACAUGGACGGAAGUUAUCGCUCGAUUCGAGGGGACCAGAAAUUGGAGGUGCACCCGGGCUCAGUACUUCAUGCCGAGAAACAACCAGCCUAUGUCAUUUUCAACGAAGUCCUUCUCACCUCGGCUAAUUUUAUGCGCGAUAUCUCUGGCGUUGAAGCCAGCUGGCUUUCUGACUUGGCACCACAUUAUUAUGCUUACGGAGCUGAGCGAUCGGCUGAGCCGACAGCUCCAAGCUCAAUGCCAGCCCAUGAUGUUCUUGCUGGCAUUUUUCCUCCUGAUGUGCGAUCAUAACUUG